AGUCCACUCCCAGUGUGAAGGAGAUGGCCAGCUGUGUGCUGCUCCGGCCAUGGGCCAACUUGGGCCCUCCCUCCAGGUGUUUUGGACUCCCAACUCCCGCCGUUGCCAAGCCAGGUCUCACCUGCCCGGUGUCCCGGCUCAUCGCUUUCUCCCAGGGUCAAGCCACAUCCCCUUUCAAGGCAGCCCUCUCGCCCUGGGCUUCCUCCCCAUUUGCCCCAUCGAGGGCAAAAGGGAGAUCUAGAGCCCCUCAAAAAGAGGGCCGAGUUUUCCCCCCUGGGCUCUUGGAGACUCCUUUGCAGAGAGAAAAAGUGGGAGAUGGAGUUUGUGACGGGGUACCGCGCGGAGAUCCUGGACUUUGCGGAGCUGCUCUUUGGCUGGUACCGGCGCUUCCUGCUGGAGUCCUCGGUGGGCUGGGGGUCUGCGGAGCCGCGCAAGAGGCGGGAGGGGUCCGUGCGGCGCCUGCCCCUGGACCCGGCCCUGUGGGUGCUGCACCUGCUGCCCAACCGCGCCCUGGCCUUCUCCGUCCCCGACCCCGGGCAGCAGGUGGGCGGCCGCUUCUACGGCGAGGAGGCCCUGGCCCUGCGCGACCUCCAGCGCUUCAUCACCUUCGUGGGCGCCGGGGAGGAGGAGGAGGAGGAGGAGCAAGAGGAGCAGCAGGGGGCGGGGCUGGAGGCGGAGCCCGGGGCGGAGCCACCGCAGGAGGACGGCAGGACGGACAGGAGGGAGGAGCCCCAGCCCGGCGGGGCCCGCACAGGUAAGGCGGAGGAGGAGGAGGAGCAAGAGGAGCAGGAAGGGGCGGGGCUGGAGGCGGAGCCUGGGGCGGAGCCACCGCAGGAGGAUGGCAGGAUGGACAGGAGGGAGGAGCCCCAGCCCGGCGGGGCCCGCACAGGGCUGGGCCUGGGCCUGCGCCGCGUGGAGCGCCUGCUGCUGGUGACGGACGAGCACGGCGCCAUCCUGGGCUUCGACUUCCUGCUGGGGGGCCCGGGGCCCUCCGCCCCCGCCCCCUCCCCGCUGGAGGGCCGGGCCCUGGCCCUCCUCCUCCACUGCAUGGCCUGCCCGCUGGGCGCCGGGGAGCCGCGCCGGCCCAAGACCCUCACCGUGGGGGACCCCGCUCUGCACAAGUCCCUGGAGCCGCUGGUGGGGCGCCUGGGGGUGAAGAUGAGCAAGGCGCCCAUGCGCGGGUGGGGUCCCCGCCCGGCCUUCUCCUUCCCCACCACGCGCGGCCGGGCCUGCCACGUCUGCAAGAGGCACAGCUUCGAGGGGCCCCUCGCACCCUGCCACCUCUGCCGGGCGGUGCUGUACUGUUCGGAGCGGUGCCGGCAGCUGGACUGGGACCGGAGCCCCGAGGACGUGGGACACCGCUUCUGGUGCCAGCGCAUGGCCGCCUACAUGGGCCGCGCACGGGAACUGGCCAACCUGCCUUUCACCUUCGCCGCAGAGGCCAGCAGCGAGACCUUCAACAAGGAGGGCUUCCUGGGGUCGCGGGGACUGACCCGGGGCUACUGGGCCGGAGAGAGCAUGAUGGUGCGCGCCCCCGGAUACGGUGUGGGUCUGGCCCCCCCGGGUAGUGGACCCCUCCUCAAGAGCGGUAACCCUUUUGAGGCGCUGCGGCCGGAAGGAGGGACAGCGCUGCCCCCGGCCCCCCCGGAGCCCCCCACCCCUCGGACCUACUUUGGAUCGUGGAAGGAGUACUACCAAUGGCGUGGGCUGCCCCUGGGGGCCCCCCUGGCGGUCAUCCUCACCUACCCGCUGACCAUGUACUACAUCAUCACCCAGUUGGCCCCACAGCACUUCCCAGAACUGAACAUCUUGAACAAGCAGUCCCUCAAGAUCCAUGUGGUGGAAACGGGCAAGGAGUUUGGGGUGCUGAUGGCCUUCUGGGAGCUGUCCGUGCUGCUGCCCCACGUCUCCUUGGAGCUCCUCUUUGUGGGGGACACUUUACCCCCCGAGUUGGAUGGCCAGCAGUUCCUCCUGCAGAGAGACGAGGAGCAAGGCGUCUCCGUCCGGCCUGGACUGACCCCCAGGUCAAAGGGGGGCCGCCGUGAGCUGCAGAUGGGCUUCAGCGCCCGGCCCUAUCACCUCCUGCAGGCCCCCAAACCGGACCUGGUCAUUGGGUUUAACUCAGGAUUCGCCCUCAAGGAGACCUGGCUGAGUUCUCUCCCCCGGCUCCAGUCCCUCCGGGUCCCGGCCUACUUCACCGAAUGCAGCGAAUACAGCUGUGCUGUGGACGAGGCGGCCGUCUCGAUGGCGACGGGGGGGACCACCAGCCCCGCCCAGGUCAACCCCUUCCGCUCACCCUUCCGCCAAGCCGGCAUUGACAACGCCAUGCCCUGGUACUCGAACGCCUUCCUCUUCCACCUGAUCUACAAGGCCUCGGCCAGCAACCACCGCCAGCCCCCCGGGGGCCCCAGUGCCGGCGGCCCCAACGCCCAGGGCCCCCCUCCGGCGGCCCCCCCUCCGGCCCACAGGAACCCCAAGCCCCCCGAGGGGCCCCGCGGAGCCCGGCGCAAGAAGAGGCAGGUGCGCGCGUCCGGACGGAGGCGCAAGUGAGCCAGGAAGGAGGAGGAGGGGGGGCCACCAGCACCCCAGGAAAUAAAGUGCCACCUCCCUGUU